AUGAUCAAACUAAAAGUUCAAUUUGGUAAAUAAAUCUAUUUUUAUUACAUUCCUAUAUUGGGUGUCAUCUAAAUCUAUAGAUCAUCAGCUAAAAAAGGUAAUCCUUAAUAAUGGGUUAUUGAUAUUAUCACUAAGCAUCCAGAAGUGAAAUUAAUAGUUUCCAAUUCUGUCACUAAACCUGUAUUUAUCAUAGUUGAUCCAGAAUAUUACAAACCACUCUAUUAAGAUCACCAUCUUGUUGUAAAACAUGAUUAAAGUGGAAUUAAAGAGUAUAAUUUCAUUUUUAACACUAGUUUUCUUUUAAGCAAAGGCUUAUUGUUUGCAGAAGGUGAAAAAUGGAAAGAAUAAAGAAAUCUUCUUGGUGAACAUUUUCUCUAUGAUAAGCUUAAGGAUAGAAUUCCAAUGAUGAAUUAAGUAGUAAGAAAUACAAUCAAUGAUAAUUAAUUUGUAGAUAAAGUAUUCUAGUUUAUUUGUUCAAUAACUGGAGAAGUUGUUAUUAGAAGUUUUUUUGGAGUAGAAGCAGAAGGAUGGAAAAUUAAUGGAAAACCAGCAUAAAUUGAAUUAGGUGAAAUCUUAAAAUCUUUUGUUUUAGUUAGAUUUAGCAAUUUCUUCAUUUAUUUUAAAUAAAAACUUCUAGGAUUAAAAUCUUGGGAUUAUUGUUUAAAAGCAGAAAAAUUGAUUUUGAAUAGAGUUAUUAAAUUCAAAUAAGAUCUAAACGAAAUUAUUUCUAAAAGAAAAAUAAAAAUAGAAAAAGAAGGUAGAAAAUUAGAUAAUGGAGACUUUCUUGAUGUGUAUUUAAAUAAGUUAUCCAAAUUAAAUGAAAAUGAAGAUAUUAUAUCUUAAUUUAUUACACUUUUCUUAGCUGGUACUGAAACAACUGGAGCAUUAGUAUCAAAUUCCUUACUUUUUUUAUCAGAAAAUACAUCAUACUUAUAAGAAUUAAGAGAUGAAGUAAAAUCACUCAUAAAUGAUGGAGAUAUUACAGCAGAUAUAUUAAAUAAAUUAAUUUAUAUGGAAUGUUUCUUAAAAGAAGUCAUGAGAAUUAAACCAUCUGUUGUUCAUCCUAUUGUAAGAUAAGCUAAAUCUGAUAUCUAAAUUAAAGAUCUAUUUAUUAAAAAAGGAUCCUAUAUUCUAUUAGGUAGCUUCUUGGCUAAUAUCAAUUCAAAUCAUUAUGAAAAACCAUUAGAAUUCAAUCCAAAGAGAUGGUUACAAUCAAAACCAAUCUAAUAAGACAAUGGUUUUGUCAACAUUCCUUUUGCUGCAGGAGGAAGGAAUUGCAUAGGAUAGCAUAUGGCCAUGAUUGAAACUAAAAUCAUUUUAGCUCAUAUUAUCAGAAAAUAUAAUAUAAUAAAGAAUCCUCAAUAAUCCAAGGUUAAUUGGUUAUCAAGAGGAAUUUAAACAUAUCUGCCUGACGAUGCUAUUCAUCUUAAUAAAUUAGUGUGA